UCUAAAUGUUGAUACUUAGUACUGUACAUAUAGUGUAAUGAAAUUCAGUUCGCAAGAUCAAUGAUGUAACUUGAACGGCGGAGUUUGAACCAACUCGUUCUUAAACGCUCACUAUCAUGUCAGAUAUGAAGGCCUACUUGGCCGAAAAAUACAUGUCUGGACCGAAAGCGGACGCGAUACUAUCACGUAUUGGCCCCCAAAAGAAGAAGAAACGGAAAGCAAACGAAAUGUCGACUACACAGGCAAGCGGAUAUAUCGUUGUCGAUAACGAUGGAGGCUGGGGCGAUGAGGCGAAAGAGGAAGUGGAAGAUUUUUCGGAAGCUGUUAUUGAGAAGGACAGAGGAUUCAAGAAGCGCAAGAAGACGGGAGAAGAAGGCUCAGGUUGGACGACAGUAAAUCCAGGCAUGACAAGAGAACCGACACCCCCACCACCUGAAGAUGAGAAGCCCUUGGUAGUGGAAACAGAUACUCUCUUUGUGGGUGGCCUGGUUACUGCUCGACAACUGAAGAAGGUUCUGCCGCAAGUUAAUUCGACAACCCAGGUGGAGGAGUCGCUUACUGCCGAGGAAAUUGCAAAGGCGCAGGAAACGGUGUACCGCGAUGCUACUGGCAGAAAGAUCGAUACCAAGGCGGCAAGGGCUGAAGCAGCGAGAAAGAAACGGGAGAAGGAGGAGAAGGAGGCACAGAAGAUGGAAUGGGGUAAAGGGCUGGUGCAGAGAGACGAGGCAGAGAAACGAAAGCAGGAAUUAGAAAGGCUUAAAACAAAGAGCUUUGCCCGUCAUGUAGACGACGAAGACUUGAACGAAGAGCAAAAGGCCAAGGAACUCUGGAAUGACCCUGCUGCUGCAUUCCUAACGAAGAAACGCUCAAAGGGACCACAGAAACCGCAAUAUACAGGUCCUCCACCGCCGCCAAAUCGAUUCGGGAUAAAGCCAGGGUACAGAUGGGACGGUGUUGAUCGUGGUAACGGGUUCGAAAAGAAACUGUUCCAAGGCAAGAACGAGGCGAAACGGAGGGGGCAGGAGAGUUACCAGUGGAGCGUAGACGACAUGUAAGACGUAAGUACGAGUCAAUAUCAAUGACGCAUUGCCAUCAGUGCGACCGCGUGAUCUCGACAAACGUUCGUCCCCCUCCACAGGGCUGCCGCUGCGACUCGAACCCAGCC